CAGCUGUCUAAAAAAUAAAUCCCAACAUGAAUGACAAGAGGAAAGUACUCAAGCGGCAGUCUAGCACAGCUGCCGCUGACGUGGACGCCAUAUGCGCUCCUGCCACGCCUAAACACACCGGCAUCUCAGAGCGACAACCGAGCACGCCUAAACAUGCCCCCAUUCCAGAGAGACAACCAAGUCUUGCCGAGAGAAACAAGAGGAGACUACUCAAGCGACAGUCGAGCACAGCUUCGGCUGACGUGGACGCCAUAUGCGCCCCAAGCACGCCUAAACACAUCGCCAUUCCUGUCCAACAACCAACGAUUGCCGAGAGCAAAAAACAUGUGCAGUACCUCGAACAUCCGCCAGAUGGCGGUUGGGGCUGGCUGGUUGUGCUCAGCAGCUUCCUGAUGCACAUCGUCGUCAUCGCGUCCAUCAAGUCGUUCGGUGUGUUCUACCCCGUGUUUAAAGAAGAGUUUAACGAAGGUGCUGGGGACACAGCUUUCAUCCAAUCAACAUUGGUGGGGAUGACGCUGAUAUGUUCUCCUAUCGCCUGUGCCCUGAGCAAGCUGACCAGUUGCCGCCUGAUGGUCACCACAGGCGCGGUGCUGGCGGCUGUCGGGCUCAUCAUCAGCUCGUUCGCCCAGAGUGUGACGUACCUGCUAUUCAGCCUCGGAAUUGUCACAGGCUUCGCCAUGUCGUUGAUGUACUCGCCAUGUCUGACCAUGGUGGGGCGUUACUUUGACAAGAAGCGGGCCACAGCGAACGGGAUAGGCUUGUCAGGAAACGGGGUGGGGAUGUUCGCCCUGUCACCUCUGUAUCAGGUUCUGAUAGACGAGUAUAGUUAUCAUGGGGCGCUGCUUGUGAUCGCUGCUAUCACCCUUCAUGGGUGUGUAUGUGGGGCUUUACUCCGGCCUAUACGUCUCAGAGAAGACCUGGAACAGCAGGCUUUGUUGUCCAAAAAUCAUAGAAACCAUCCUAACGACCCUCAGUCAGGUUGCAACAAGUGUGUCUCAUCUACUCGUAAGGUGUUGGAGAUUUUCGACGUGUCGCUUUUGACGGACGUCGCUUUUGCUCUGUUCCUAGUCUCUCAUUUCGGCACCAUGCUUGGUUACUCCAUUGUAUUUGUCCACAUGGCAAAACACGCUCAAAACAUCGGAGUUGGUAAAACCGAGGCGUCGUUUUUAAUUUCGGUCAUGGGCAUUAGCGAGUUCAUAUUCCGCCUGAUUGCAGGCUGGUUUGCCGAUCUGGGGAUCAUCAGUAGACUUAACGUCUACAUGAUCGGAGCUGCAGGGGUGGGGUUGUGUAAUUUGUUCGUGCCCUUCUGUCGGUCCUAUGCCUCGCUCAUUGUGUACAUGGCGUUCUACGGCCUGUCCUCCGGAGUGUUCCACUCCCUGAUAGCCGUGCUGGUGAGAGAGUACACCGGAGUCGCCCGACUCUUCAACGGCAUAGGAUGGACCUUGCUGGCGGGAGGGACAGCCUAUCUGCUGGGGUCACCAAUCGCAGGCUGGCUGUACGAUGCUACGGGAAACUACAACGUCUCCUUCUUCUCCGCCGGCUCCAUCAUCGUCACCUCCCUCAGCCUCCUCUGCAUAAAGAAACCCAGCAACCCUGACGGGACGGCCUCACACGACGACACUCCAUCAGCAGAUAACAACAUAAGUAUUGUCGAUAGAGAUGGUCAUAUUGAAGAUUCACCCACUCGCGUAGAGCAGGAAACAACUCUGUAG